GCACCGGGAGCAGCGGGACACCGGGACUGCCGGUCCCGCGGAGCCGGGAUCGGGGUUCCCGGCCCGGUUUGAGACGCGCCCCGGCCCUGGGAGCACCGGUCAGGCUGGGAGCGGCCAUGGGGGACACGCCUGGAGCCGGAUCCCUGCGGAGCCUCGUCCAGCUCGCCUGGCUGUGCCUCUUCUCCUCCGUGCCGCACGGCGGGGCCAAGGUGCUGGAGAAGACCUUCGAGGAGUGGCUGCGGUACCGUGACGAGUGCCUGAGGAGGAUGGCGAGCGAGCCCUACCCGGCAGGGCUGUUCUGUAACAGGACAUUUGACAUGUACGCCUGCUGGCCCGACGGGAGCCCCGGCACCGCUGUCAACGUCUCCUGCCCCUUCUACCUGCCCUGGUUUGAGAAAGUGAAACACGGGCUGGUGAGCCGCAGGUGUGGCACCGACGGCCAGUGGGUGACAGUGAACGGCAGCCAGCCCUGGAGGGACUAUUCCCAGUGCGAGGAUGAGCUGGAGGUCACCGCUGAGGAGGAAGGCGCCCGGCGGCUCAUGGUGAGCUUCAAGGUGCUCUACACCGUGGGCUACUCGCUGUCGCUGCUCACCCUCAUCUCCGCCCUGCUCAUCCUCACGGCCUGCAGGAACCUGCGCUGCACCAGGAAUUACAUCCACGCCAACCUGUUCGCCUCCUUCGGGCUGCGCGCCACCUCCGUGAUGGUGAAGGACGCGCUGCUGGAGCGGCGCUGGGGCGUGGAGCUGCUGCAGGUGGCGGACUGGGAGGCUCUGCUGAGCCACGAGGCGACGCUGGGGUGCCGUGCAGCGCAGGUGCUGAUGCAGUACUGCAUCCUGGCCAACCACUACUGGUUCCUGGUGGAAGCUGUCUACCUCUACAAGCUGCUCAUCGGGGCCGUGUUCUCCGAGAAGAAUUACUACAGGCUCUACCUCUACCUGGGCUGGGGGACCCCCGUGGUGUUCGUGGUGCCCUGGAUGGCCGCCAAGUACCUGAAGGAGAAUGCGGAGUGCUGGGCCCUGAAUGAGAACAUGGCUUACUGGUGGAUCAUCCGCAUCCCCAUCCUGCUCGCCUCCCUGAUCAACCUGCUCAUCUUCAUGCGGAUCCUCAAGGUGAUCCUGGCCAAGCUCCGGGCCAACCAGAAGGGCUACGCCGACUACAAGCUGAGGCUGGCCAAAGCCACCCUGACCCUCAUCCCCCUCUUCGGGAUCCACGAGGUCGUUUUCAUCUUCGCCACGGACGAGCAAACCACGGGCAUCCUGCGCUAUGUCAAGGUGUUCUUCACCCUCUUCCUCAACUCCUUCCAGGGCUUCCUGGUGGCUGUGCUGUACUGCUUUGCCAACAAGGAGGUGAAGUCUGAGAUGAAGAAGAAGUGGCAGCUGUGGAAGCUCGACCACCCAGUGCUCUGCUGUGCCCAGUGAGGGGGUGACCAGCCAGGGCAGAGGGGCUGCAGGGAGCUGUGCUGGGCAGUGCCCACCCGGGAUGGCCAGGCUGGCACGGGUGUCUGGCUGUGCCACACCGGAGCUGCUGGAAGGGACAUCCCUGCUGUGACCCGAGGGGAGG